CCUAACAUUGGCAAUGAUCCAUGAAUGUAGCUCUCCAAAAAAUCCUUUCCCACUUCCCAAUACGACUCUCCAACUGAUGAUGAGCAUGUCACGUCAUCACCAGCUUUCUCCUCUUUCCCCAAUCCAGAGAUUUCUCUUUUCUUAUAUAAUUGCAAGAAAUCUCAACGCCAGCUGAAAAUCAAACUCCACAAUGGAUGAUCAUCAGCAACCGGUCAUCAAAACCAACGGCCCAGAUUCAUCCUCGUCCUCCUUCUCCGACCUCCAGUACCAGUCGGGCUUCCACAACCACUUCUCCUCCGAAGCUCUCCCCGGAACUCUCCCCCACGGCCAGAGCAGCCCUCUCCUCUGCCCGUACGGCCUCUACGCCGAGCAAAUCUCCGGCACCUCCUUCACUUCCCCUCGCAAGCUCAACCACCGGACAUGGCUUUAUCGCGUCAAGCCUUCAGUGACCCACGAGCCCUUCAAGCCGCUCGAGUCGAGCCACAGGAAGCUCGUCUCCGAGUUCACCGACUCGAACAGCUCCACCACGCCGACCCAGCUCCGGUGGAAGCCGGUUGAUAUACCCGAGACCCCCACAGACUUCGUUGAAGGGCUUUACACUGUGUGUGGUGCUGGGAGCUCGUUCCUCCGCCAUGGUUUUGCUAUUCACAUGUACACUGCCAACAAAUCAAUGGAUAAUUGUGCAUUUUGCAAUGCUGAUGGUGACUUCUUGAUAGUUCCACAAACUGGAAGGCUCUGGAUCACUACCGAAUGUGGAAAAUUGCAAAUUUCUCCUGGUGAAAUUGCUGUAUUACCUCAAGGAUUUCGUUUUGCAGUUGAUCUGCCUGAUGGCCCUUCACGUGGCUAUGUGGCCGAGGUUUUCGGCACCCAUUUUCAACUCCCUGAUCUUGGACCAAUAGGAGCUAAUGGUCUUGCUGCUCCAAGGGAUUUUCUUGUUCCCACAGCAUGGUUCGAAGAUAGUUACCGUCCAGGCUACGUUAUUAUACAGAAAUUUGGUGGGGAACUUUUUACUGCAAAGCAAGAAUUCUCUCCCUUCAAUGUAGUUGCUUGGCAUGGCAAUUAUGCUCCAUAUAAGUAUGAUCUGACUACAUUCUGCCCUUUCAACACUGUUUUAUUUGAUCAUGGUGAUCCAUCAAUCAAUACAGUUUUGACAGCACCAACUGAUAAACCUGGUGUUGCAUUACUUGAUUUUGUUAUUUUCCCUCCGCGAUGGUUGGUUGCCGAACAUACAUUCCGACCUCCAUACUACCAUCGUAAUUGUAUGAGCGAAUUUAUGGGCCUUAUUUACGGAGGAUAUGAGGCGAAAGCUGAUGGGUUUCUUCCAGGCGGUGCAAGCCUCCAUAGCUGCAUGACUCCCCAUGGUCCUGAUACCAAAACAUAUGAGGCUACCAUUGCACGUGGAAAUGAAGCAGGACCAUCUAGAAUUAGUGAUACUUUGGCUUUCAUGUUUGAAUCUUGUUUGAUCCCCAGAAUAUGCCCAUGGGCUCUUGAGUCUCCCUUCAUCGACCGUGAUUAUUACCAGUGUUGGAUUGGUCUGAGAUCACAUUUCACACGGGAAGGGGCAAGUGCUAAAGAUGGAGAUAUCCAGAAUGGGGAGAAAGAGGAUUAGGGUGGAGACGGACGGGACAAUGUAGACAGAUGGAAACACUAAAGCGCCUAUACAAAGACUGUAAACAAACACAUAAACCAUACUUUGUACAUAGUAUAAUAUAACAUGAGUAUGAGUGUAACCAAUAACAUACUUAAUUGUCUCAACUUUUGUAUUAAAGCCUUUAAUACGAUUGGGGCUUCUAUCAAGUUUAGGAGAUGUGAAUAGAUGUGGAAAAUAGAACGUGGCAAUUGAUUGGGUUGAGAUUUUAGAUUGAAA